AAUGAAUUGCACUCAUCAUAAUGGCAAUUAAGUGUCAAUGAUAUGUUUAGCUCCUCACAAGUGCUAUUAUUAAAGGAGGCUAUGUGCUGUAUGCUUUUAUGAACAUGAGGUUAAAAAGAAACAAACAGCUCCAAUAGAGAUUUUUCAGGGAAUGGUUCUGUAGAAAUUAAAAGAAUUAAAGGUUAACGAUUCAUCUGAAUUAACAACUCAAAGAAUGAAUUUUAAAGAAAUGGUUACCUCAACUUAAAAGAAGAUAAAAUAAAUUUGGGAUGAGUUAGCAGAAUCAAUAAAACAGAUAUAUGAGGUGGUUGAGAUAGAAGAUAAAUUCUAUUUGAAUUUCAUUAAUGGCAAUGUGAAUCCAAUAGAAUUGUCAUAUACUGACUUAGACAAAUUAGUCUAAAUUAUUAUUGGAAAAACAUUAGAUGUUACAGAUAAUUAGAAAAAAUCAUAUUUGGAGCAGUUGGAGUUGACAAAGAAAUACUGGUAAGAAACUCAAGCUUUAUACCAAAAGUUUAAUACAGAAUUGAUGGAUGUUCUGUAAUUCAUAAAAAAGAAGGUAACUAAUUAAUAAGAGAACAUUCAAUUAUUAAAAGAAAUAAAGUAAGUAUAUAACGGAAAGUGUAAAUGGAAAAAUAUGAAACAUGAGUUAAAUAAAUUAGAUGGCCAUUCAAGUUGUGUUAAUUCAGUCUGUUUCUCUCCUGAUGGAACUACUUUAGCAUCAGGUAGUGGAAAUUCUCCCUUUAUCUAUAAUUCUAAAAAAAGUUUGGAUAAUUCAAUCAGAUUAUGGAAUGUAAAAACAGGAUAGUAGAAAGCUAUGCUUGAUGGGCAUUCAGAUUCAGUUCUAUCAGUCUGUUUCUCUCCUGAUGGUACUACAUUAGCAUCUGGGAGUGAGGAUAAGUCUAUUUGUUUAUGGGAUGUUAAGACAGGAUAAUAAAAUGCUAAAUUAGAUGGUCAUUCAGAUUAUGUAAGAUCAGUCUGUUUCUCUCCUGAUGGUACUAAAUUAGCAUCUGGUAGUGAUGAUAACUCUAUCCGUUUAUGGGAUGUUAAGACAGGAUAAUAAAAAGCCAAAUUAGAUGGUCAUUCAAAUGAUGUUAACACAGUCUGUUUCUCUCCUGAUGGUACUACAUUAGCAUCUGGUAGUGGUAAUGUAAAUUCAUUAAUACAAGGAGAUAACUCUAUCCGUUUAUGGGAUGUAAAGACAGGAUAAUAAAAUGCUAAAUUAGAAGGUCAUUCAAGUUAUGUAAGAUCAGUCUGUUUCUCUCCUGAUGGUACUAAAUUAGCAUCUGGUAGUGAUGAUAACUCUAUCCGUUUAUGGGAUGUUAAGACAGGAUAAUUAACAGCGAAAUUAGAUGGUCAUUCAAGUUAAGUUUAUUCAGUCUGUUUCUCUCCUGAUGGUACUACAUUAGCAUCUGGUAGUGGUAAUGUAAAUUCAUUAAUACAAGGAGAUAACUCUAUCCGUUUAUGGGAUGUCAAGACAGGAGAAUAAAAAGCCUAAUUAGAUGGUCAUUCAGAAAGUAUCUGGUCAGUCUGUUUCUCUCCUGAUAGUACUACAUUAGCAUCUGGAAGUUAUGAUUCUAUCCGUUUGUGGGAUGUUGAAACAGGGCAACAAAUUUUACUUUCACACAAUCGCCACAUAGAAAUUUCAGCAUAAUCUAAACUCCCCAUUUUUCCAAAUAACAUUCUUUCUGGCAGUGGUAUAUAUUAUUUGUAUUAUCAUCUAGCUAACUCUAAUAUAACCAUUCUGCAAAUUUCCUAAAACCCAACUUUAGAGGCUUAAGGAGCUUUAAUACUGAAAGGAGAAUUUAUCAAUUAUUAAGGAAUCGAUUUAAGAUCAUAAUUUAAAUCAAAAGGAAGUUGCUUUUUGGAAAGCUAAAUAGAUUAAAAUUGA